CGCCUCCUAUCCUCGACCUUCCGACGCCGAAACACUUUUUUCCCGCCCACACUCGCCAGCCUCAGAGCCAUGUCGCAGAAGACGCUCUUCCAAGCCGUCAAGGAGGACCACGAGGAGAUGUACCUCUACCACGACGAAUUCAAGCGUGCGCGCGCCGCAGGCGACGUCGACGCGCAAGCGCGCUGGGCGCGUCAGCUCACAUGGGAGGUCGCGCGCCACGCCGUCGGCGAGGAGCUCGUCGUAUACCCGCUCAUGGAGAAGCAUCUCGGCGCGCAGGGCCGCGCACUCGCCGACCACGACCGCGCCGAGCACCAGCACGUCAAGGAACACCUCUACAAGCUUGAGUCGCUGCAGCCCGGCGCGGCGGACUACAGCGCGCUCAUCGAGCAGAUCAUGGCGACGCUGCACCCCCACAACGACGACGAGGAGGUCAAGGACCUCCCGCUUCUCGAGGCCGCGAUCGGGACGGACGCCAGCCGCUCCGCCGCAGCGAGCUUCAAGAGGACGAAGAAGCUCGUGCCGACGCGCGCGCACCCGUCUGCACCGAACAAGCCGCCGUUCGAGACUCUUGCGGGGCUGCUCGCGGCGCCGGUCGACAAGCUGAAGGAUUGGUUUGCGGAAUUCCCGAAGGAGGAGGAGAUGGGCGCGGCGAAAGAGGAGCUGACGCACCGUGAUCAUGACGCCGCAGCAGACCGAGAACGCAAGGGCGAGCUAUGAUGUCAUUCCCUCUGCUGUUGUAGUACUAGCUCUGUAUAUUGGACGCCCCGCAGAAUCUGGAAGAAUUCGCAGAUGCAAACC